AUGGGCAUAGAGACCUCAUCACCAGAUGUCGAGGAAUCGACAGAGCCUCCAAACACUUCUUCCAUUCAUGAAGGGCCCGAGCAACGUCCGGGAUCAGCCCUAAAUAAAUCAACCUCCCAUCUAAGGCUAGACGAGGGGGAGAAAGUCUCGACUAGCUCAUACAAGGUCUUUUCCCAGGACUCCACAGUGCCUGUGACCCUUGAUGAGUUUAAGAAGCGUCAAGAAAUCUGUCAAUAUGCCCACACCUAUUCCAUUUCAGAGAUCUCCCUCGCCCUGGGAGCUGAUAUCCAGCAUGGACUCAGUAGUUCCGAAGCGACAUCUCGCCUUCAGCGGGAUGGACUUAACAAGGUUAAGGGAGCGGAGGGGGUUUCCUUGUGGAAAAUUCUGUUAAGACAAGUGUCCAACAGUCUGACUUUAGUACUCGUCAUAACCAUGGCACUGUCCUUUGGGAUCAAUGAUUAUAUAGAAGGAGCUGUAAUAGCAGCGGUCAUCCUUCUCAAUAUUGUUGUUGGUUUCGUCCAAGACUACCGUGCAGAAAAGACCAUACUUUCGCUGCAGGCCCUCUCUGCCCCAGUGUCUAAAGUCAUCCGGGAUGGUCGAAUAGAAUCCGUGAGGGCUGAGACCCUUGUGAUCGGUGAUGUCGUCCAGCUGGCAGUUGGUGAUAUGAUUCCGGCGGAUUUGAGACUGUUCAACGGAAUGAAUGCCUCCACUGACGAAGCCCACCUAACAGGCGAAUCGUUGCCUGUUUCCAAAACCCCAUAUGUCGUUUUCUCCCCUCGUGAAAUGGCUGUGGGAGAUCGUACGAAUAUGGCAUAUUCCGGGAGCACGAUGACCCAGGGUCGGGCUACUGGAAUCGUGAUCGCAACCGCCAUGCAAACUGAGGUAGGCAAGAUUGCACAGCUACUACGCCAGCAGGAGCCAGUUGUUGAGGGUUCAAAUGCUGGUCUUCGAACGUUGAAAAGGGCAAAGAGAACUAUAGUUCACAUCCUGGGCUUGGUAGGAACACCUCUUCAGGUGAAGCUCAGCAAGUUUGCUCUUUUGCUCUUCGCACUCGCUAUUACCUUGGCGAUUAUUGUUUUCUCCGCCAAUAAAUGGGACGUGCACGAUGAAGUAUUGAUUUACGGCAUUUGUGUUGCGGUUGCUGUUAUUCCAGAAUCCCUUAUCGCUGUCCUCACCAUAACUGUUGCCGUUGGUACAAAGGCAAUGGCAAAGGGGAACGUUAUUGUUAGAAAGCUACAAGCCCUUGAGGCUGUCGGGGGAGUCACGAACAUUUGCUCAGACAAGACCGGUACACUUACGCAAGGUCGAAUGACUGCGCGAAAGGCCUGGAUUCCUGGUACUGGAACUUUGACCGUCCACGAUACCACGAACCCAUUCGAUCCUAGGAGCGGAUUCGUACAAAUGGAUGGCGCAGAUAUUGAUGCUGAUAAGCUCAAGUGCGAUAACGUCUUCACCACAUUUCUCAACACCAUAGCGCUUUGCAAUCUGUCGACCAUCUACAAUUCUAGUGACAAGGUCUCCGUUGAUAACCUGUCCGCGACGGAUGCUGGAGAUAACUGGACUGCUAUUGGAGAACCCACGGAAAUUGCUCUUCACGUUCUUGCCCUGAGAUUCAACUCCGACAAACAGACCCUGCUCCAAGGUGGCCAACGAAAUCAGCUGGCAGAAUUUGCUUUCGAUUCAGCAAUAAAACGAAUGACCGUGAUUUACCAAAGCGCCAACUCUAAUUUUGCAGAUGCAUUUACUAAAGGUGCUGCCGAGUCAAUGGUACCUUUGUUAAACGUGUCUGAAGAAAUGAAAUCGGAAAUUUGCUAUGUCGUGGAUAACAUGGCUGGAGAAGGGCUUCGUGUACUGUGCGUGGCUCACAAGAUAAUUCCCGAAAACGAGUUUGAGCAGCUAUCUGAGCGACAAUUGACGGAGAAAGACCUAGAUUUUGUUGGACUUGUUGGGCUGUAUGACCCUCCGCGUGUAGAAACACCUGACGCAGUCAGGAAAUGUCAUACGGCCGGUAUUACCGUCCACAUGCUCACGGGUGAUCACAUCAAAACAGCCACAGCAAUCGCCUAUGAAGUCGGUAUCCUUGGGAGCAUUAUACCUUCUGCCCAGGCUAGUACUGUGGUCAUGGCUGCUGAGGAAUUUGACAAGCUUUCAGAUGCGGAUAUUGAUGCAAUUGAGGCGCUACCUCUUGUGAUAGCGAGAUGCAGCCCAACAACCAAGGUUCGCAUGGUGGAGGCGAUGCAUCGAAGAAACUCAUUCUGUGUCAUGACGGGUGACGGUGUAAAUGAUUCUCCAGCCCUUAAACACGCAAAUGUCGGUAUUGCUAUGGGAAAAUAUGGAAGCGAUGUGGCUAAAGAAGCUGCUGACAUGGUUCUUACUGAUGAUGAUUUUGCAUCUGUUGUGAAAGCUGUGGAAGAAGGACGCCGCUUAUUCGAUAACAUCCAGAAGUUCCUCAUGCAUUUGCUGAUCUCCAACAUUGCCCAAGUGAUACUACUCCUAUUAGCAUUGGCUUUCAAAGACGCAGAUGGGAACUCCGUCUUCCCUCUUGCCCCCAUAGAAAUCCUGUGGGUGAAUUUAAUCACUUCCUCAUUCCUCGCGUUGGGGUUGGGUCUAGAAAAAAGCCAACCAGAUAUUAUGUAUCGUCCCCCUCAUGACCUACGCGUUGGAGUCUUCACCCGCGAACUAAUCGUGGAUAAAAUGAUGUACGGCACAUUCAUGGGAUCUCUCUGCCUUCUGGCGUUCGUAACAGUCGCUUACGGCGCCGGAGGCUCCAACCUGGGAGACUCGUGCAACCAGGAAUGGAACGAGACAUGCGAAGUUGUUUUCCGCGCCCGUGCCACCACUUACGCAACAAUCACAUUCCUCCUCCUUGUCACUGCCUGGGAAGUCAAGCACUUCUCUCGCUCUCUAUUCAAUCUCGAUCCCGCCCGCUUCUCUGGCUCAUUUUCCAUCUUUCCUGCCCUGUGGCAAAACCGGUUCUUAUUCUGGGCCGUCAUAGCUGGUUCCGUCAUUGUGUUCCCAGUUGUGUAUAUACCUGUUGUGAACAAGUCGGUCUUCAAACAUUCGGCUAUCACAUGGGAAUGGGGUGUAGUGUUCGGAGCUGUCGUGAUAUACAUUGCAUUGGUAGAGAGCUGGAAGGCGAUCAAACGGGCAUUUGGCCUUGGGAGCGCCAGAACUAAGGUUCUGACGUUAGAAGAGGCAGAGAUAAGAGAAGGGAUGUUUCCAAGAGAAACGCCUGCAUUGUCAUCAAGAUGUGAGACUGUGGAAAAGUAA